CCUUUCUUAUCAAUCCAGUUGCAUGCAUGCACCCACACAUGCACGCAUAUUAAUGAGUUCCUUAUUAUUGUUUUUCAAAAGGUCAAAGUUCAGUGCAGUCAGAGACAGCAGCAGAAUAAAGAGUCUGACCUUUAUAACAAGAGGGAGAGACUGAAACAAGAACUAGCGGAAGAGAAGAGAGCACAUGCUGAGAUUGAAAACUACCUCAAGAAACACAUUGAAGAUCUUGAUGGUAAGGUUGAGUACUGGAUGUCAAAGUAUGAAGAAGACUUGGAAAUGAAGACCACUGAAGUACAAGAGACUAAGUCAGCCAAAGCAGCAGGACUACAGAAACUGGACGAACUAUCACAAACUUAUAAGGAGAGGGAGGAGGUUGUGAUUGAGCACAGAGCAAUGAAGGAGAGACAAAGACUUAAAGAAGAACAAGAGAAGAAAGAACAAAUGACAGCAACCAAAUUACANGCCUGGUGGAGAGGUAUGAUGGUUAGGAAGGGACUGGGUCCUUUUAAGAAAGGGAGUAAGAAGAAAGGAAAGAAAGGGAAGAAGGGAGGAAAGAAAGGAGGCAAGAAAGGAAAGUCAAAGAAAAAAUAAAAACAACAACAACUAUAACAACAGGAAUAUAAUAAUAA